UCAUACAUACAUAUCGCUAGCUUAGAGUGAAAAGUUGAUAAAGCCACGUUUUAUGAAAACAAAAAAGCAAUAUUCCAAAGAAUUUUGUAGUUCGCCCAAUAUGAAAAGGUCUAUCAAACUGUAAAGACACUUUUAAUAGGGUAAAAAAUAAAAGAUAAGGAACUCAAUGAGCAAUCAAAAGCCCAUUGUAUACGAUAAUGAUGAAUCAUUCACCACGCGAGCUAACCAGCACUAUAGACCGAAUAUAAAAGAAAGAUAAACAAAAACUACAUUUAUCGCUCCUGCUUCGUAAUGUGUAAAAUAUCUCAUGGUAAAAUUGUGUUAGUUUUUGCGUGAGGAGUUAAUAUUCGCAAAUUGAAAACUUGAAACCUGUCUACGGAAAAAUACAGUUUUUUGAGUUAUGACAGUAUUUUAGUAAAUCAGCGAUGUGUAAUAGUCAACAUCGGCCGCUCUUGCCAAUGGUAAAAUUGUCCACUAACACCAGAAAGAUAUCAGAUUCGAAUCCAUGUCAGCGCCGUCUUAAAAAAAAAAUAAUUCUAGUCACGGAGAAAUGGAGGUGUUCAAAUCUUAUUAUAAUUAUUCAUUCUAUUUAAUUGCGGGAAACUAAAUAGAACAUAUAUGCAUAACCAGAUGAUAACUAAAUAAACUUUGUUAGAAAGGAAGACCUUUUUAUUUGCGACAACGACAAAACUGAACUCCAACGAUAUUAACUAAGUGUUAAAUACUAAAAAGCUCAUUAUCAAGCAUGUCUUAUCUGUAGAUAACUAAUAGUUUGCCUCUAUUGACAAUAUAUGCAAUCUUAAUGCUACUUGUUGCCUUUUUUUUCCUUCUAGCGCCUUGAAUUUAAACGUAGCGGAAACAAAACCCGUUGAUCCUCAAUAAAGUCACAAAAACCAACUGGGCGCAAUGGUCAUUAGCAGCUAUACAUGGAAUCUUGCCAAUCAAUGUUUCAUCUUGGCCAUCACUGUUGUAAUGUCGGUAAAAUGCGCUGAAAUGAAAUUCAAAAAAACUGCCACACACGCUAUUCUUUGUACGAUCGGGUUUGUAUUUCUUUCUGCGGAAGGCAUGAUGGUGCGUUCCCACAAUAAUUGGCUCACACGUUCAUUACAUCCGGAUACAAAAGUCACUUUACACUUUUGGCUGCAGUUAAUAGGUGGUUUAUUGGGGGUAGCCGGCACAUUGCAGAAAUCACUGCCAAAGGAACACCAUUUUCGAACGUGGCAUGGAAAAUUAGGCUUAGCUGCGUGCGUGUUUUUUGUCAUAAACUGCCUUUCUGGCGCGUUGGGUCUAUAUUCCUGGGGUUACCGCCAGUAUGCAUCGUUACUAGUUAAUGAUUUCAUUCACAAUUUUCUAGGACUGUUAACAUUCGUUACGGCCAUGUUAGCGCAAUAUUCUGGAUAUUAUACAGGUUUCUUUAACCGAAACCUAAAGGAACAUGAAGCAUUUUUUAAAUACUUGACGGCCGCGAUCUUGUUGCUGACUGCAUGGGACCCAUUGAUGAUAUUUUUGGGAAAGCUCUUUUAGAUGCAUAUAUGUAUAUAUAAGUAUGUGAUUAAAUAAUUAGGAAGCUAAAAAGUGAUUGUACAAAGUACAAAUUUAGAAAUUGUGGAAAUGAAUUUAACAAUAAAUGUACAAGUAUUUUUAA